GGAGGCGGCGCGCGGGGGGAAGAUGCGCGGCGCGGGCUGGCCGACGCGGUCCCUGUGGCUGGGCUUGGUGCUGGCCAUCCUGAACCAGGGGGCGCCGCAGGCGUGCCCGGCGCAGUGCUCCUGCUCCGGCAGCACGGUGGACUGUCACGGGCUGGCGCUGCGCAGCGUGCCCCGGAAUAUUCCCCGCAACACCGAGAGACUGGAUUUGAAUGGAAAUAACAUAACACGGAUUACCAAGACAGAUUUUGCUGGUCUUAGACACUUAAGAGUUCUUCAGCUUAUGGAGAAUAAGAUUAGCACCAUUGAAAGAGGAGCAUUCCAGGAUCUUAAAGAACUGGAGAGACUGCGUUUAAACAGAAAUCACCUUCAGCUGUUUCCUGAGUUGCUGUUUCUGGGGACAUCGAAGCUAUACCGGCUUGAUCUCAGUGAAAACCAGAUUCAGGCCAUUCCCAGGAAGGCUUUCCGUGGGGCAGUUGACAUUAAAAAUCUGCAGCUGGAUUACAACCAGAUCAGCUGUAUUGAAGACGGGGCGUUCAGGGCUCUCAGGGAUCUGGAAGUGCUAACUCUCAACAAUAACAACAUUACUAGACUUUCGGUGGCCAGUUUCAAUCACAUGCCUAAACUUAGAACUUUCCGCCUUCAUUCCAACAACCUGUACUGUGACUGCCACCUGGCCUGGCUCUCUGACUGGCUGCGCCAGAGACCCCGGGUGGGCCUCUACACCCAGUGUAUGGGCCCAUCCCACCUGCGGGGACAUAAUGUAGCUGAGGUUCAAAAGCGAGAAUUUGUCUGCAGUGGUAAGGGAGAAAGAUCUGCCGGCGGUUGUUCCUUUAUGGCUCCUUCCUGCAGUGUUUUGCACUGUCCUGCCGCUUGUACCUGUAGCAACAACAUGGUCGACUGCCGAGGGAAAGGGCUCCCCGAGAUCCCCACAAAUCUGCCUGAGACCAUCACAGAAAUACGUUUGGAGCAAAACUCAAUCAAGGUGAUCCCUCCUGGGGCUUUCUCUCCAUAUAAAAAACUGAGAAGAAUUGACCUGAGCAAUAAUCAGAUUUCUGAACUAGCACCAGAUGCUUUCCAAGGACUGCGCUCGCUGAAUUCACUUGUCCUCUAUGGAAAUAAAAUCACAGAACUUCCCAAAAGUUUGUUUGAAGGACUAUUUUCUUUACAACUGCUAUUGUUGAAUGCCAACAAGAUAAACUGCCUGCGGGUAGAUGCCUUUCAAGACUUGCACAACUUGAACCUUCUCUCCUUGUAUGACAACAAGCUUCAGACGAUAGCCAAGGGAACCUUUUCACCCCUCCGGGCCAUCCAAACAAUGCAUUUGGCCCAGAACCCCUUCAUCUGUGACUGCCAUCUCAAGUGGCUGGCGGAUUAUCUCCAUACCAACCCAAUAGAGACCAGCGGGGCCCGCUGCACCAGCCCCCGGCGCCUGGCAAACAAAAGAAUCGGGCAAAUCAAGAGCAAGAAAUUCCGUUGCUCAGCUAAAGAGCAGUAUUUCAUUCCAGGUACGGAAGAUUAUCGAUCAAAAUUAAGCGGGGACUGCUUCGCCGAUCUGGCCUGUCCUGAGAAGUGCCGCUGUGAAGGCACCACCGUGGACUGCUCCAACCAGAAGCUCACCAAAAUCCCAGACCACAUUCCCCAGUACACUGCCGAGCUGCGUCUGAAUAAUAAUGAAUUCACCGUGUUGGAAGCCACAGGAAUCUUCAAGAAACUUCCUCAGUUACGUAAAAUAAACUUUAGCAACAAUAAGAUCACAGACAUUGAAGAGGGAGCCUUUGAAGGAGCAUCUGGAGUAAAUGAAAUUCUCCUCACAAGCAACCGUUUGGAGAACGUUCAGCAUAAGAUGUUCAAGGGAUUGGAAAGUCUCAAAACUUUGAUGUUGAGGAGUAAUCGCAUAAGCUGUGUAGGGAACGACAGUUUCAUCGGCCUCAGCUCCGUGCGUUUGCUCUCUCUGUAUGAUAAUCAAAUUACUACGAUUGCACCGGGGGCGUUCGAUACUCUUCAUUCUCUAUCUACUCUAAACCUUUUGGCUAAUCCUUUUAACUGUAACUGCUACCUGGCCUGGUUGGGAGAGUGGCUCCGGAAGAAAAGAAUUGUAACGGGAAACCCUCGAUGUCAAAAGCCCUAUUUCCUCAAAGAAAUCCCCAUCCAGGACGUCGCCAUCCAGGAUUUCACCUGUGAUGAUGGAAACGAUGACAAUAGCUGCUCCCCUCUGUCCCGCUGUCCUGCGGAGUGCGCGUGCCUGGACACCGUGGUGCGGUGUAGCAACAAGGGCCUCAAGGCCUUGCCCAAAGGCAUCCCAAGAGAUGUCACUGAAUUGUAUCUGGAUGGGAACCAAUUUACACUGGUUCCCAAGGAACUUUCAAAUUACAAGCAUUUAACUCUUAUAGACUUGAGUAACAACCGAAUAAGCACCCUCUCGAAUCAGAGCUUCAGUAACAUGUCUCAGCUCCUUACCUUAAUCCUUAGUUACAACCGUUUGAGAUGUAUUCCUUCACGAACCUUCGAUGGAUUGAAAUCUCUUCGAUUACUUUCUUUACAUGGAAAUGAUAUAUCUGCUGUGCCUGAAGGUGCUUUUAAUGAUCUUUCUGCAUUAUCACACCUAGCCAUUGGUGCCAACCCUCUUUACUGUGACUGUAACAUGCAGUGGUUAUCCGACUGGGUAAAGUCAGAAUAUAAGGAACCAGGAAUCGCGCGCUGUGCUGGCCCUGGAGAAAUGGCGGAUAAACUCUUACUCACCACUCCCUCCAAAAAGUUCACCUGUCAAGGUCCAGUGGAUGUCAAUAUUCUAGCUAAAUGUAAUCCCUGCUUAUCAAAUCCGUGUAGAAAUGAUGGCACCUGUAACAAUGAUCCUGUGGACUUCUAUCGCUGCACCUGUCCUUAUGGCUUCAAAGGGCGGGACUGUGAUGUCCCCAUUCACGCGUGCAUUAGCAACCCGUGCAAACAUGGAGGAACGUGCCACUUAAAAGAAGGAGAAAAAGAUGGAUUCUGGUGUAUUUGCGCUGAUGGAUUUGAAGGAGAAAAUUGUGAAGUAAAUGUUGAUGACUGUGAAGAUAAUGAUUGUGAAAAUAACUCUACAUGCGUUGACGGAAUUAAUAACUACACAUGCCUUUGUCCACCUGAGUAUACAGGCGAAUUGUGUGAGGAGAAGCUGGACUUCUGUGCCCAGGACCUGAACCCCUGCCAGCAUGACUCGAAGUGCAUCCUGACCCCAAAGGGAUUCAAAUGUGACUGCACACCUGGAUACAUAGGUGAACACUGUGAUGUAGAUUUUGAUGACUGCCAAGAUAACAAAUGUAAAAAUGGAGCUCACUGCACGGAUGCAGUAAAUGGCUAUACUUGCAUCUGCCCAGAAGGUUACAGUGGCCUGUUCUGUGAAUUUUCCCCACCCAUGGUCCUCCCUCGUACCAGCCCCUGUGAUAAUUUUGACUGUCAGAAUGGAGCUCAGUGCAUCAUCAGGAUAAACGAGCCAGUAUGUCAGUGUUUGCCUGGCUAUCAGGGAGACAAGUGUGAAAAGCUGGUCAGUGUGAAUUUUGUGAACAAAGAAUCGUAUCUUCAAAUUCCUUCAGCCAAAGUGAGGCCCCAAACCAACAUCACUUUUCAGAUUGCCACCGAUGAAGACAGUGGGAUCCUCCUGUACAAGGGUGACAGAGACCACAUCGCUGUUGAACUCUACCGGGGGCGGGUCCGUGCCAGCUACGACACAGGCUCCCAUCCGGCUUCUGCCAUUUACAGCGUGGAGACAAUCAACGACGGGAACUUCCACAUUGUGGAGCUGCUCACCCUGGACCAGAGUCUCUCCCUGUCUGUGGAUGGAGGCAGUCCCAAAAUCAUCACCAACUUGUCCAAGCAGUCAACUCUGAAUCUUGACUCCCCACUCUAUGUAGGAGGCUUGCCAGGGAAAAGCAACGUGGCUGCGGCCCUGCGCCAGGCUCCUGGGCAGAACGGCACCAGCUUCCACGGCUGCAUCCGGAACCUGUACAUCAACAGCGAGCUGCAGGACUUCCGCACGGUGCCCCUGCACACGGGCAUCCUGCCGGGCUGCGAGCCCUGCCACAGGAAGGUGUGCGCCCACGGCACGUGCCAGCCCAGCAGCCAGUCGGGCUCCACCUGCGCGUGCGAGGAGGGCUGGGCCGGGCCCCUGUGCGACCAGAGCACCAAUGACCCCUGCCUCGGGAACAAAUGCGUGCACGGCACCUGCGUGCCCAUCAACGCCUUCUCCUACAGCUGUAAGUGCCUGGAGGGCCACGGCGGCGUCCUCUGUGACGAGGAGGAGGAUCUGUUCAACCCCUGCCAGACCAUCAAGUGCAAGCACGGCCAGUGUCGGCUCUCGGGGCUCGGCCAGCCGUACUGUGAGUGCAGCAGUGGCUACACUGGGGACGGCUGCGACCGAGAAAUCUCCUGUCGAGGGGAGCGGAUACGGGAUUACUACCAGAAGCAGCAGGGCUACACCGCCUGCCAAACCACCAAGAAGCUCUCGCGCCUCGAGUGCCGCGGGGGCUGCCCCGGGGGCCAGUGCUGCGGGCCGCUGCGCAGCAAGCGGCGGAAAUACUCCUUCGAGUGCACGGAUGGCUCCUCCUUCGUGGACGAGGUGGAGAAGGUGGUCAAGUGCGGCUGCACCCGCUGCGCCUCCUAAGCGCCGGCCCGCCCGCACCCCGGGGCUGCACACGCCGCCGCGGCUGCCAGUUGACCGUUUGGGGACUCACCGAUGCUUCCUAGUGGAAAUAUUUGAAAUAUAUUGUAAAAUACAGAACAGACUUAUUUUUAUUAUGAGAAUAAAGACCACACCCCCUCCACCCCCACCCCAACCCCGCGCAUUCGGAAAAAAAAAAGCAAAAACAAA